AUGGAGCCAAUUCAGACACCUGCUGUCGAACACAAUCCUCCCUCUCUGCCGGCCUCUCCUGAUCCUAAGAGAGUUAAGAACAUUGAGCCCGCAAAUCUCUCAGUCGCCUCAAUAUUGAACGACCCAGCAGCUACUCCCACUCCAGACUCUCCUUCUCACAAGCACCAAAACACAGACAUGUCUGCCUCCGCUACUCAUCUCCCUCCAAUGAACCUCGAACCCCCUCCACCAGCACUCCAGAUCAAGCUCCUCUCAGCAACAGCACGCGCUCCUACCCGUGGCAGUGCAUUUGCUGCCGGCUAUGAUCUCUAUGCAUCAAAGAGCACCACCGUACCUGCCAGAGGAAAGGUGCUUGCCGACACCGACAUCUCGAUCGCUGUACCUGCCGACACCUACGGCAGAGUAGCCCCUCGCUCUGGACUUGCUGCAAAGCACUCAAUCGAUGUCGGUGCUGGUGUCAUUGAUGCUGAUUACCGUGGUCCACUCAAGGUCUUGCUCUUCAACCUUGGCGAGACCGACUUUGCCAUCAAUGAAGGAGACAGAAUUGCACAGCUGAUCAUCGAGAGAAGUGUACGCGGUGCUGGAGGCUUCGGCUCAACUGGUGGCUUUGCCAACAUUAUCCCUCCUGUCAAUCCCCCAGCCAACGGAGGCGCACCAAUUAACGGCAACUAG